AUUUACCAAAAAGCGCCCUUUUCUCCCUUCUUAGUUCUUUCUCCCUCCGCUAAACACAACCUCGAACUCCGUGCUUAAAAAACGAAAAAAUAUCAAAAAACGGCAACUCGCCUCACAAAUCUCACAUGUAAUGAUGUAAACGACAAUCUCGCUACUCGCAUGUGCCCCUCUGCUCUUUUCUAGCCUCCCACCUUCGCUUAAAACUCUCACAAAACCCACACUACUUAGCGCAAACGCGCACACACACUCCCCCCCUCCCUGAAAAUCAGUUGCGGAGUGAGAUCCUCUACCUGCAUCAAUCUCUCAACAGAAAGGCUGUGAAAACGGACCAAUCAAAUUGAUCCAGCAAAUGAAGUCCCAAACGAAAUCUAUCAACCCUCUCACCGCCUUUGAACACAAGAGGGAUGCGUAUGGAUUUGCUGUGAGACCGCAGCAUUUACAAAGAUACAGAGAAUAUGCUAAUAUCUACCAGGAGGAAGAAGAGGAAAGAUCGGAUAGAUGGAAGACCUUCUUGGAACAGCAAUCAGAUUCUUCUCAAUUGCCGAUAAAUGGCACAUCUUCUGAGAAAUAUAACAAGGAGUUGCAUGCCGAAGCAACAGAGCAAGAGAUAAAUAAUGGCUCGGAGAAGGGCGUUGAUAUAAGUGGUGAGGAACCUAGUUCUGAUGUUUUACCGGAAAACGUUACCAAGGAGAAACAGUCUGCAACCAGUAAAAAGACUCAUGGGAUCCAAAUAUGGACUGAGAUCAGGCCAUCCCUCCAUGUCAUUGAGGAUAUGAUGAGUCUUCGCAUCAUGAGGAAAGCAAACCAAUCAAAAGACCAGCAAGAGACUAAAAAAGAAAGUAUGGUACCUUCUUUUGAAGAUGCUAAAUCAGCAAAAGGAGCAUCUGAAGAGGAUUCUGAAGACGAGUUUUACGAUGUGGAAAGAUCAGAUCCAAAUCAAGACACCUCUUCCAGUGACAGUGCUAGUGCCCCUGCCACAGGUGCUCCUGCUGAUGCACUGCCUCUGGAAUCUUCAUUUCCUUGGAAAGAAGAGCUGGAGGUCCUUGUACGAGGGGGAGUCCCAAUGGCACUCAGAGGAGAGCUCUGGCAAGCAUUUGUGGGUGCAAGGACACGCAGAGUGGAGAAGUAUUACCAGGAUCUGCUUGCUUCAGAAACUAAUUCUGGAAAUCAUGUAGACCAACAAUCAGACAGUGAUACCAAAGGUUCAACUGCAGACACUGUUUGUGUACCAGAGAAAUGGAAAGGGCAGAUUGAGAAGGACUUGCCUAGAACUUUUCCAGGUCAUCCUGCUUUGGACAAUGAUGGUAGAGAUGCUCUGAGGCGAUUGCUGACAGCAUAUGCUCGACAUAACCCUGCCGUUGGCUACUGUCAGGCCAUGAAUUUUUUUGCUGCCUUGUUGCUACUUCUGAUGCCUGAAGAAAAUGCCUUCUGGACAUUGAUGGGUAUUAUCGAUGACUAUUUUGAUGGUUAUUACUCAGAGGAAAUGAUAGAGUCACAGGUUGACCAACUUGUUUUUGAGGAGCUAGUGCGUGAAAGGUUUCCUAAAUUGGUCAAUCAUCUUGAUUACCUGGGAGUGCAGGUUGCUUGGGUUACUGGGCCAUGGUUCCUUUCCAUAUUCAUGAACAUGCUUCCUUGGGAAAGUGUUCUCCGAGUUUGGGAUGUCCUCCUUUACGAAGGAAACCGUGUCAUGUUAUUUAGGACAGCACUUGCUUUGAUGGAGUUAUAUGGUCCUGCAUUAGUUACCACUAAGGAUGCUGGAGAUGCAGUUACUUUGCUACAGUCACUGGCAGGCUCAACGUUUGAUAGCAGUCAACUUGUCUUAACAGCCUGCAUGGGUUACCAAAAUGUAAAUGAAACCAGAUUACAAGAGCUGAGAAAUAAGCAUCGACAGGCUGUUAUAAUUAUGGUUGAGGAAAGAACAAAGGGGCUUCAAGCUUUGAGGGAUUCUCAGGGUCUGGCAACUAAGCUAUAUAAUUUCAAGCAUGAUCGCAAGUCAGUACUGAUGGAAACAACUAAAAAGACUAGUGGUGAAUUGUCUCGUUCAGAGUCUGGAUCCACCAAUGCAGAUGAAGUUAUUAGCCUGACAGAGGAUGCAGAAAUAGAUAGUGUUCCAGAUCAGGUAGUGUGGUUGAAGGUUGAACUGUGCAAGUUGCUAGAGGAGAAAAGAUCUACCAUGCUCAGAGCUGAGGAGUUGGAGACAGCUUUGAUGGAGAUGGUCAAGCAAGAUAAUCGUCGGCAAUUGAGUGCUAGGGUCGAACAGUUAGAGCAAGAGGUUUCUGAGCUGCGGAGGGCUCUUGCUGAUAAGCAGGAACAAGAAAAUGCCAUGCUUCAGGUCUUAAUGCGGGUGGAACAAGAUCAAAAGGUAACUGAAGAUGCUCGCAUAUAUGCUGAGCAAGAUGCGUCAGCACAGAGAUAUGCUGCUCAAGUGCUUCAGGAAAAAUAUGAACAGGCCAUUGCAUCACUUGCUGAAAUGGAGAAACGAGUGGUUAUGGCAGAGUCAAUGUUGGAGGCCACUUUGCAGUAUCAGUCUGGUCAACUUAAAGCACAACCUUCUCCUCGAUCUUCACAUCCAGAUUCACAAGCACGUGCCAAUCAAGAGCCUGAACAGGAAAUACCUGCGAGAAAGAUUAGUUUACUAGCCCGACCAUUUGGACUUGGAUGGCGUGACCGAAACAAGGGGAAAGCCACUACUGUUGAGGAGGCAAGUGAUGACAAGUCUACCAUUGAGGGGCAGAAUCCUGAGCAGGAGACUAAUGGCAUUUCAGCACACGACAAGUAAUAGAAAAUUGCAUAUUUACCAUAAUGAUAUGUAGAUCGUGAAACAUCCUAUUUGUGGACUUGGUAGAUAUUUUUUUGUGUACGAUGGUAAGUUCAGGCAGAGUAUAGAUUAGUUUCUUGUUUUUUUUUUUUUGGGUUUUUUCAUUGUAGAGCCCAUUUCCAUUAAUUGUUUGUUCAUUAAACAAUAAUAACAUUAGUGUAGAGGUGAAGAGAAUGUUUAUCAUCAGUGAAACAAUCACAUCAAUCUUUCAGUG